AUGGACAUGAUGAGCGUUCCCCCGGUUUCUAUGCCCAGUGUAACAGACGUAUCCGUCAUCCCUCCGGUUUCCAUGCCCACCGUAACGGACGUCUCAAUUCCACCACAGUCUGGCAUCUCCGUCGUCACAACGCCUGUUCCUAUGCCCACUGUAACGGACGUAUCAAUCCCCCCUCAAGACUCCACUGGCGCCAUGUCAAUUCCUGAGGGCGAGACACCCAUCUCUAGCGGCGCUGUUGACACGCCUUCUUCGAGCCUUGGCUCGGCCGCGAGUGCGACUAGCUCUGGUCUACCAGAGCAGACAGAAAACGCUGCCGCAGCGAGGGGUCGCGACAUGCCCGUCGUUGUCGCUAUUGCCGGCGCUCUGGCUUUCUUGUGA